AUGCUUGCUACUGGCAAGCCGGUCUGGUACCUACCAUUCACCAUUCUAGCGAUUAUUUUCUUCGUGGUUUCGAUUGCAAGACUCGGAUACGACCGAUACGUGUUUGCCAACAGUCGAGACCCAGGCAGCUUAACAGCGUUCCUCUCAGCUGACACAAUCACCGCGCUCAAGGACGAUGCGCGAUUACACCAUGCCUUGUUGGGUCUUACCGAGUCGAUUGCGCAGACCUCGAGUGACAUUGGGCAUAAGUAUGGGUUCGAGGGCGUGAAAGAUUUUGGAAAUACUUUGACGGAAGGUGUUGCAGAAAUACGCAAAAGGCAAGAGGUCACUGGCCAGAAGCGUGCACUUGUGGACGACACAACUCAGGCUAUUGAUAGUCUGCUCAGUGGCCUUAAUGUGAACGCCAGCGGUGGAGUCAGCGGCAUCAUUGAUAGCCUCAGCAACUCCCUCUUCAGUGGCCUUGCAACUCCCGCCUUGUUUCUUGGUGUUGGUUUUGGCAUUGGCGCAUCCACUGGUCUGAACAUCACCGACAUGGCAACGGCCAAGGCACAAGCUUCCAAAGUCGCAAUCACGUUCAACGCUACCGCAACAGGUGUCAAUCUUGCGUUUCAAAACAUCGGAAGUGGCCUGGCCGGACAGAUUGCACCUUCAUUGGGCCAGUUUGGAAUGACCAGUGUCCUAUUUGGACCUGCUGCUUACGCUCUGGCCUCUGGCAUUGGUAACGCAACUUCACGUGCCCUCAAACUGACGAACCAGGAAUUUCGGCCAUCCGAUAAUUCCGGCAUCGAAGCCGUGGCUGGGAAUUUGGGCCUUGGGAUAACGACGCCCAUCGUAUCGAACAUCGACUUCCAGGCCGUGAUGAAGAGUGUAGGAGGAAGUGGACUUGGUGCUUCACUCAUGCAACAGUUACCUCAGAUCGCGGCAGCUGCUGGCAAUGGUCUUGGAGAGGGAGCGAGGAACGGUCUCGGAUUCAAACAGGCUGGCCAAACUAAAAACCAGAUUGCGAAGCGCCAGACGCCCACUGAUACUUUGAAAGGAAUCGACGUCCCCGGAGCUGUGAACCAAUUCACCAAAGGUCUUAGUCAGUCAUUCUUGACUGGUGUCGAUGUUGGGAAUCUCGCAAGCAGCCUCAAUAUCACUGGAAAUCUCGGAGGCAUGAUAGAUCCAAGCAUGUUUCCAGCGCUGGCUGCAGGUGCUGGAUCUGGUAUUGGCAUGGGAUUGGCCAUUGGUCUGGCGUUCAAGUCCGCAGACGCCGCACCGCUUAUCGCUCAAAACAGUAAUGACAGCAUGCAGACCGCGAUGGUGGCCGAGACCUUCACGCGAAAUCUGGUCUCAAAUGUCUUGCUCAACAGUACUGUCUUGCAAGGCAUCGGCGCUACAAUCUCGAGCAGUGAGCCCCAACUCCUUAAGAAUGCUGAUGUAGCCAAAGCCGCCGAAGGCUUCGGAAGAGGGACCAUCGAGGGCAUCUCAACUGCAUUGUCGUCGAUUGGAGGUAUACAGAACCUUCUGAGUGGCAACUUCUCAGAUGACGCGUUGAUGAAAGUUCCUGUAUUAGGCGCCACCAAAUUCAACGAUUCACUCAACGGCUCCUCGGUAUCCUUUGCGCGCGGACUCAUGGGCGAAGGGACGAUCUUGAUUGGUGAAGUGCUGAAGCAGUUGAACCAGAAAGCCAACCAAACUGGUCCCUCUGCGUCCUCAAAGCCAAAGCGCAAAGUUGUCGUGUCUGCAGAGGAGGUAGCUGUAGUGCCUUAUGAUGCAAUCGUCGCCCGACAGGCUCAAAACGACACCAGCGCAGCUGCACCAUUUCCACUAGCGAUCAACGAAGCGACCAUCAUGGGCGGUGGCCAGCUAGCCAUCAACAUGUUGACAUGCCAGGGUAUCGGCGGUUUCGCAUCUGUGGCACUCGGCGCUUUGAGUUCCAGUAAGAACAAGACAAGCAUGAUGGGCAUGAUGAGCAGUGUACCGCUGGACCCUCGAGCCGCAGGCUCUUUACCUCAAGGGCCGGUGGAGUUCACAUCAGAAGGAAACACAUUUCGAAUCGUGCUCAAGGACGCAGAGAUUUCGAUUAACGGGUUACCGAUCAUUCCAUUUGGCAUCCUCACAGCUCUUCACGUCCUUUUCAUGAUGCUUGCAUUUCUGCUUACGCUGCCGCUAUACCUCAUCCUUGGAGUCAUCUGGCGACUUUCGGUCUUAGCUGGCUAUCCUGUCAACGAAGUGAAGAACAAAAAGUGGCGGUUUGGUCUUCUGAUCACCUUCGGCAUUUCUGCUGUCAUUGGAAUCUCACUCGGCAUGGUUGGAAUGGGGAACUCGCGGCAUUUCAGGGAUGCACAUGGCAUCUUCGGUCUCAUCGCCUUGAUUUUUGUAUUCCCAACGGUUGGUUUCACCAUCGCCCGCCUCCGCUCCGAAGCUCUCUACCCCAUAUCGUCCACCUUUGUGGGCGUCAAAGCACCCUUCGCGCUUUUGAAGUCUCCCGACCAGAGGAUCUAUCUCAUCAGUGGUAUCCUCAUCCAGCUCAUCUUCGCCCUUGGCCAACUCACAUUCAUAAAUGGCUUCUCAGCUCUCCGCUCUAUAUCACUAUGCAUUGUUGACGCGGUCCUGACCUCCAACUCUGUGGCAGGCCUCAUGGGUCUGCUCUUGAUGGUUCAAAUCACUGCCGCCGGCAUGGUAGGCAUCCGCACCUGGCUGGAGCAACACAUCGCAAAGCGCCAAAAAGCAGGUGUGCAACCCAUGACCAUUGUCGAGGCCGGUGUAACGACACGCAAAGACUCCAUCGCGACAUUUGGUUUUGGUGGCUCUCGUUCCACAGCACCUCCACCACUCGAUCUCAAGCGUUCGCCGCCCGUCCAGCGCAACACGGGUGACCUGGAAGGCUUCGAAGACGAGAAGAUCAGUACACCUUUCAACGUGCGGAAAGAGGGCGCCGACUCGACAGAAUUCAACAGCCCGGGAAAACACGGUCGCCAGCCUUCGGCAGGGCUGAGAGAGAACCCAUUCCUGUCACCGGCUGAACGGCGCGAUCUCGACGACAGGGUCUAUCCACAAACCGCAAACUACCAGUACGAAUACACCUCUGCAAUCGACGACAACACAGACUACUACAGCGUCCCCGUCGGAUACCGAGCUCAAGGGGCUAAAUUAAGCUCCGGGCGGCCAUCCUCAGAGCUUGUCGAUCCUUUGAGAUCACCACUUCCGUCCGGGCUGCGCGCGGGCGGUGGACAGCAAGGCUACGGCUCGAGUCCACCCAAGACACAGGGCGUCACGAUGGCAGACUUGUUCCCCCCGCCACCUCCCCCGCCUGCGGAUGAGCAGUACCAACUCACGGGUAAAAGCGCGAGCAGCAGUUAUUCACGACCGUUUGAUGGCAGAGGCAGGCCGAGUAGUGAAGCGAUGAGAGGUGGGGGGUUUGGCAGUGGACCUGGUGGCACGGUAAGAGUGCCGAAGGAGACGCAGUUUAUCUAG